AUGCAGUGGAUCGGACACAAACUGCGAUCAUCGGUUAAAAUUGUGGCUUUUGUUCUGCUAGUGAGUUAUUCCAUUGUGUACAAUCUGCUAUGCCUAACAGCACCGACCGUCAAAUCAAACUGGGCAAAAUACGUUCAGCAGCAGAACGGAACGAAAAGCAUUUUAUUGUGGAAUGGAUCGGGAGGCACGCUUUGGUUCCACAAGGGUCGAGCCGAAUUGCUGGCCUUUGGUACGGGCCGUGACGUAUUCGCCAAAAACAAUUGCACCUACACACGAUGUGAAAUAGUCGACAACCGAUGGGAUCGUCCGCUCGAAUAUUACGACGCCAUCGUCGUGGUGUUUAAUGACCAAUUCACGUGGGCCAAUCAACUGAAGAUGCCAGAGUUUCAAUACAAACGAAAUCAAAGUCAACGUCUCGUUUUUUUAACACAAGAAGCUCCUCCGGCGUUGAAACCAUAUUACAACAUGACUCAAUUAGCUAAUUAUUUCAAUUGGACAAUGACCUAUAGAUCGGACGCUGAUAUUCGUUUACUCUACGGUCGAGUUAUUCCAAAAGAAAACGCUCCUCGGACGCCGGAAGAGAUAAGUCAUUUAAGAGAAAAAGCUCGUGUUAGUUUGCCAUCAGACAGAGUCCGGAGAAAAACCAAAUCAGUUGCCUGGAUGGUUUCUCAUUGCAACACACACAGCCAACGAGAAACGUACGCCAAAGAGCUGAGCAAAUACAUCGACGUCAAUAUUUUUGGUAAAUGUGGCCACUUGACUUGUGCAAGACACCUGGUGCAUAGCUCCAACCCUCAAUGUUAUGACAUGAUCGAGUCAACCUACAAGUUCUACUUGUCAUUCGAAAAUGCCAUUUGUCCGGAUUACGUCACUGAAAAGUUUUUCAAAAUAUUGGCUCACGACAUCAUUCCCAUCGUCUACGGCGGAGUCGAUUACGCUCAAUACGCACCACCUCACUCGUACAUCGACGCCCGCAAGUUCAAACCCAAAGAAUUGGCCGCUUAUCUCAAAUUACUCGAUGCAAACGACACGCUCUACAACGAGUAUUUCUGGUGGAAGGAUUAUUAUGACGUGGAAUACAGUAUAGAGGACAUGUCUCGUCAUGGAUUUUGUGACUUGUGCCAAAAACUACACGAGCAAAAAGAUGGGGUUUCUCUAUUCUAUCAAGAACUGGAUUCUGAAUGGGGCGAAAGCAACAAGUGUCAACCGUUUGAUCCCGGCUGGAAAUCAGAUCCUAGUGAAGAAAUUUUACUCAAAGAGAAUUCGAAGAAAACAAUGUGCUUCAUUUUGUUAGUGGCCCUUCUUUGUAUUGGCCUUUUUUGCCUGUGGUUAUGUCUGUAA